AUGGUAUCCGAAUUCCCUUUGGAUGUUCUCUCUGAAAUUUUUGAAAAUUUAUGGGAUGAAAAUGUGACGCUGUUCAAUUGCCUCCUGGUGAACCAUUCCUGGUGCGAAGUCGUCGUGCCCAUCUUAUGGAGAAACCCGUUGAAAGAUCUGUACAAAAAAAAUAGGAAUGAGUUGUCCAUUAUGAUGCAGCACGGAUACAAUCAAAUACUGCACACAAAGAAAAACCUAUCCUACCUUCUCAGAACAUUAUUGCAAUGCCUUUCCAGUGAGUCGAAAGACCUUUUGUUUAAGAAUGGGUAUGAGUUGUCGGAUGAAGUCUUUCGACAACCACGAUUUGAUUACGCGAGCUAUUGCCGAUAUAUAAGUACCGCGGACGUUUCUGUGCUUAUUUUGAGCGCGAUGAACCAGAGAUUCACGAAUGGCUUUUCUCAUAGUUAUAAAAUAUUUCUGGUUACUCAAGAGGUCUAUAAGCUGUUUCUGGAAAAAAGUACCCGAAUCUUCCAACUUUCACUCAUGUCAGAGGAACAUUCUUUAUAUUAUUACCUCCAUGGAGCAAGAUCGUCUUUGGCAUCUCUAACGAUACUCAGAUAUAGUUCCUACGUGUCACCAAUGACCCUGUACGGUUUGGCACAAUUCUGUCAUAAUAUUAAGGACAUCACGAUUGAGUUUUGUACCGGAGAUCACGACGGCGUGAAUUCCCUGGUUCGAGUUCAAAAAGAGUUAAAGUAUUUUCAAUGCAAACUCAUUAGCAGCGGCGAGGAACAAUGUUGUCGAUCGCUCGGCAUUGCCCUGAAAACACAAGCACACUCUUUGUUGAAACUUGAUCUCGGAAGGCGUAGCUGUAUCCCAUUAAAAUUCAUUCCGGACUUUACCAAUUUACGCUACCUAAGAUUCGGACUUAAAUCGGAAGUAUCGGAAAUUAUCAUUGGACAUUUUAAAAGAGCGAGAAUUUCAAAUCUGGAGACUCUAAUUGUGGAUGGGAAUGCUGUGCGAUCAGAAAUUCUGGAACCUUUGAUCCUUAAUACUAAUGGAAACCUUCGGAAAUUGCACGUCAGUGGGUGGUGUCCGAAUGGUCCAAACGAUCCCGGACUUCCCUUAACAAUUUUAGGUAAACGCUGUCCCAAACUUAAAUUCCUCACAAUUUGGAUGGAUGAUGAUUUGGAGGGGCUGGAGACUCUAUUGAACAAAUGCCGUGAACUAGAAGGUCUUUAUUUGCGGUGUACUGAUAUGCAUUCAGACGAACAUGCCCUCUUUAAUAUUCUGAAACGUACCGAAAUGCCACGUCUAAGCAAGUUGAAGCUUGAGGAUCGUUGGUUGGUUGAAAAAGGAGACGCCUUCGAAGAAUUUCUAAAGGUCAGGAAGAGGAAAAAUGCGAAACCAAUUUCUCUUGAAGUUGUCGGUUAUCUGAAUUCGGAUGUUUAUCUGGAUAUGUUGUCAUUGUAUCGAUGGUGCGGGGUUUUAAACGAUACCAAGGUUUUAGUGUACGGGGAAGAAUCGGCUGCGGAUGAGACCGUUCCAUUAUGGAAAGUUGCCGCGAGAAUUUGA